CGUGGAGCGCACUAUUCCAGCCUUGGAACUACACAAAAAGAAAGUUGGUUCAUUACAUAAUGUAAUUCACCGAUCAGAAGAAUUUUCUUUAAAACGUCUUGUGGCUAAAUGAGAAAAGAGGGUGGAGAUUGGAACCAGGGGGUAACAUGGCUAAAGGUGUGGCACUGUGCCUUUUACUGUUGGCCCUUUCAGAUGUGGCCAGCGUUCAGGGGAGAAGAAAGAAAGGACAGAGACCAAACAGCCUCAUCGUCAGGGAUGAGGGACACAUCUUUAAAGGCAUGAUGUGCACAAUGGACAUUGCCUUCAUCUUGGACAGUUCGGAAAGUGCAAAGACAAGCCUUUUCAGCAAGGAGAAGGACUUUGUGCUGAGCCUCAGUAGUCAGAUCAUGCAGAUGCAGCUGGCUGGCUGGAAGCUGAGGAUCAGAAUGGCUGCCCUACAGUACAGCAGCUCGGUCUCAGUGGACCACAACUUCCUGGACUGGCAGGACUUGGACGUCUUCCAGAGUCGCGUCAGCAGCAUGGCCUACAUUGGCCACGGCACCUACACCUCCUACGCCAUCACUAACGCCACACAGGUGUUCGCCCAUGAGACCAAGGCCGAUAACAUCAGGGUGGCCCUGCUCAUGACCGAUGGCGUUGACCACCCUCGGAGCCCCAGCGUCAUCGCAGCUGCCGCAGAGGCCAAGGGCCACGGCAUCAAGCUGUUCACCAUCGGCCUGUCGGACCUGGCACGGGAGAGCCAGAACAGUGCCAAGCUGAGGGCUAUCGCUAAUACCCCACCCCAGCAGUAUGUCCACAGCCUGACGGACAGUCUCCUGGAGGAGAAGCUGCUCAGUGAGCUGAAUGUCCUUGCCGUUGAAGGAUGUCCACAGCCACUGGCCACAUGUGCAUGUGACAAGGGGGAGAGAGGCCCUCCUGGUAAUCCUGGUAAAAAAGGGGAUCCAGGAUACAAUGGCUCUCCAGGUUCAAAAGGAUCCAGAGGUGAACCUGGUAUCAAUGGCCGUCCAGGAAUUGAAGGCAUUGAGGGAAGGCCUGGUUUUAAAGGUGAAAGGGGGGAAAGAGGUGAAUGCGGUUCCCCGGGGAUAAAGGGAGAUAGAGGCCACGAAGGACAGCCAGGGCCACGAGGAUACAGAGGAGAGCAGGGUCCAACAGGUCCACCCGGAGAUCAUGGUCCUGAGGGACAAGCAGGACCCAAAGGAGAUCGAGGGCCCAAAGGGGCAUCCGGACCACCUGGUGACGUGGGCAUCGGAUUCCCUGGCCCAAAGGGUGACAAAGGGAACCAGGGAAGGCCCGGUCCCACUGGCCUUCCAGGAAUAGGGGAGCCUGGCCUGUCGGGCCCUCCAGGGCCUCCUGGAAUACAGGGAAACCAAGGGGCCCCAGGAGAGGGUCUGCCAGGGCCCAAGGGUGAUCGAGGGUACGACGGUCUCAGAGGAAUGCGUGGUCUCCCAGGCACAGGAUUGAAGGGUGAAAAGGGAAUCACAGGCCCUUCAGGAUUGCCAGGACCAAUAGGGUUUCCUGGAACAGGGAUUCAAGGAGAAAAGGGUGAUCAAGGACCAGUGGGUCCCCCUGGCCACAGAGGAAUAACAGGGGUGGGCUUAAUUGGUCCAAAGGGACAACAGGGCUUUCCAGGAGAACCUGGUGCCCCAGGAGAGAGAGGAGUUGGAGAGCCAGGACCAAAAGGUGACCCUGGUUCAGCAGGACUAUCUGGGAUCCCUGGUGUUCCAGGAGAAGAUGGCACUUUUGGAGCCAAGGGUGAAACAGGGCCACCUGGUCCCAGAGGCCCAGAUGGCUCACCUGGCAAAGGAAUACCUGGAGAAAAGGGCGAUCGAGGUGACAGGGGUCCCAGGGGCCUGCCAGGGUCCAUGGGGGCCGUGGGGCCUGCAGGGGCCAAGGGAGAACCAGGAAGCAGUGGGCCAAUUGGAAUCCCUGGGGCGCCUGGACGGGGCAUUCCUGGUGCCAAGGGGGACCCUGGUCCCAUUGGACCAGCUGGACAUGUGGGGGAACCAGGACUUGGGAUAACUGGACCGAAGGGAGAGCGAGGAUUACCUGGACCCAUUGGACCACCUGGGGGGAAAGGAGAUGGCUACCCUGGUGCACCGGGGAAUCCAGGGUUGCCAGGACUACUGGGAGAACCAGGGCCUGAAGGCAAAGGAUUACCUGGACCAAAGGGAGAUCGAGGUUCUCAAGGCAUAGCUGGACCCCCUGGACCACCAGGAAUUGGGCAGAUGGGUCCUAAGGGGUCUGUUGGCCAGACUGGCCCACCUGGUCCUCAGGGUUUACCUGGAGAGGGAAUUCAGGGACAGAAGGGGGAUACUGGAUUCCAGGGGAUCACAGGCCCCAGAGGGCUCCCAGGAGAGGGCCAUCCUGGAGAAAAGGGAGACAAAGGAUUGUCUGGUGACACAGGAAGAAGGGGGGAGAAAGGACAACUAGGAGAACCAGGACCUACAGGACCUGAGGGUAUGCUUGGACAAAAAGGGGAACCUGGUUUAACGAGAGAUGAAGUAAUCAAAAUAAUCAGAGCAAUCUGCGGUUGUGGCAUUAAAUGCCGGGAGAGCCCGCUUGAGCUCGUCUUUGUCAUCGACAGUUCAGAAAGUGUGGGCCCUGACAACUUCAACACCAUGAAGGACUUUGUAAACGCACUGAUCGACCGGCUGUCAUUGGGCCGGGAUGCGACGCACGUCGGCGUGGUGCUCUACAGUCACAUCAACGUUGUGGUCCUCAACCUGCAACAGCACUGGCACCAGGACGAUGUCAAGGCGGCCAUCCGCAGGAUGACAUACUUGGGUGAGGGCACCUUCACAGGCAGUGCCAUCCAGCGCGCCAACCAGAUAUUUCAAACCUCCCGCCCUGGCGUGCGCAAGGUGGAAAUCGUCAUCACGGAUGGGCAAGCAGACAGGCGAGACUUGGUGAAGCUGGAGGACGCAGUGACAGACGCCCAUGAAGCCAACAUCGAGAUGUUCGUCAUCGGGGUGGUCAACCAAAGUGACCCCUUUUACUUAGACUUUAAAGACGAGAUGAACCUGAUCGCCUCUGAACCUGUUGAGGAACACGUGUACCUGAUUGAGGACUUCAUAACACUUCCUGCCCUGGAGAGCAAGCUGCUGACCCGUAUCUGUGAGCCCGAAGACACCUCACUGUUCAGCUCCGUCCCCAGCUCCCCGCAGCCUCCAGGAACUCCCACCAACUCUGAGCUCUUCCGGGAGACACCAGAGAGGACAGACACCCCGACUUUCACUGGAGAUUUCAACAGGCUAUAUAAAGAGCCAGGACACCCAGGGGGACCAAAAAAGCCUAUGUUCUCGCAAAAGCCAGACAUCAGCAAGAACAGCACCGUCAGCAUUACCAGAAAAUUAUCAUUUGACGGAGAACCGAUCACCAGCCUGACAGACCCGUAUCCUCUGCUGCCGGAUCGAGUGAAGCAACACUUACCCAGUGUGCCAGUGACGGGUCCUCAGGCCCCUCCCAAAUGGCAUUUCACAACAACACAGCCACCCCCCGCUCCACAGCCUGAGCCCGUGCUACAGAACAGACCAGAUGAAGGAUGCACACAGGACUUGGACCCUGGUCCCUGCCGACAGUACGACGUGAAGUGGUACUAUGACUCAACAGCAAACUCGUGUGCCCAGUUCUGGUUCGGAGGUUGUGAGGGAAACGGGAACAAGUUUGACAGUGAGGACAGCUGCAGGAAAGCCUGUGUCAGAGUAUAAUGAUGCAAGGAGCCAUUAGUAAAUAUGCAUGGGUUUCAGCAAGCCAUUUCCACAUUCUUGAAAACAGGCUUUUAAUAGAAGUCAAAUAAUGCGGUCAUCUUCAGUUUUUCUAUAAAUAUUUGUCAGCUAAGUGUACAUGUUUAUGGAUUACAUUGGUUACCAAGACUGAUCAUUAAAUAAGUUUAAGAUAUGUACAACACUGCGGAUUUUUGCACCGCAUAACAUACUCAUAGCAUAGUGUUCAUCACUUGUAUACAUUGUCUCCAUAGUAUUUGUAGGAUUUAACAAUAUUUUAACAGUGCAAUUACAUUUAUUUAUCUGUAUUGAAGUAACCGGUAUAUUCCAGGUGGUCAGAAUUCAAGUGAUCAGUCAUGUUAUUCAUAAUAUUUAUAAUUCAUUAACAAUGGUUACCCAUGUUGUAAAUAUUCAAUGAAGUGGGGACAUUCAGUUGGUUAGUAAACCAUCUGAUGAUUCUCAAGUUACAAUAAAACAAGCCAUUGC